CUCAUUUUGCUCUUGACAGGUCGUUCCCCAUUGCCCUUGGGAACGCGAAUGCUGGGUCGCGACCCGCCGGGCAUGACAGUGAGGAGGAUGGGACCGGCUUCCGCGCUUGUGUUCGCGCCGUGACUCCUGUAAUGGGGGUGUCCUCCGCACUCGCCCUCGGCGGUCGCAGCUCCCGGAGGUGGCGCCCUGGGCCCUGAGCGCGUUUAAACCGGGGAGACAGAGGCCCCGAGCGCGACGUCGGCCCGCGGUCGCCUGGCCCAUUUGAGUGCGGGGCUUGCCAAGCCCGCAGGGCCUGCCCGUUUCCGAUGGCGGUGGCGGCGCCGAUGGACUCGGUGCGGCUGUUGCCAUCAUUGAAGGACCGGGUGACCUUUGAGGACGUGGCCGUGUACUUCUCCUGGGAUGACUGGAGACUCCUUGAUGAGGCUCAAAGGCACUUGUACCGUGAUGUGAUGCUGGAGAACUUUGCGCUGGUGGCCUCGCUGGGACUUACAUCUUCCAAAUCCUGUGUGGUAGCCCACCUGGAGCGGAGUAAAGAGCCCUGGGUGCCUGACAGGGUGGAUGUGUCUCCAGCUACAGGAGAGGGCCAGAGAGAUUCUAGCCCCGGUUGCUGGCCAAGAGCAGAGGAAGCCCCCCCUCAACAGCGUGUUUCUGUAGAAGGAGUGGUUCAGUUUGGGACCCCUGAGGCAGAUCCUUUCACCCGGAAGGUCAAUACCUGUGACAAGUGUGGCCCAGUUUUGAAAGACAUUUUGUAUCUGGCUGAGCACCGGGGAACAAACCAUGGGCAGAAACCAUACAUGUGUGAGGGAUGUGGGAGAGGCUUUUGGAUCAGUGUGAACCUUCAGCUCCAUAAGGAGCACAGUGCCGAGAAGCCCUUCGUGUACAGGGAGGGUGAGAAGGCCAUCCUGGACCGCCAUGACCUCCUCCACCACCAGGCCACCCAUAGCAAGGGGAAGCUAUGCAGGAGCACUGAGCAUGAAGCAGCCUUCCUACCCAGCUCCAAUCGCGGGCAGCAGCAGGGAGUCCACACCACACAGAAGCCCUUCAAGUGCAGCGACUGCACUAAAACCUUCCUGAAGGCCUUUGCACUCCUCGACCACCUGAUUACUCACUCUGAAGAGAGAAACUUCAGAUGCCCCACAGGUGGAAAUGCCCCCAAGGAGAACUCGAGCCAUGUUAAUCACCAAAAAUUUCAUCCUGGAGAAACAUCUCAUGUGUGUAAGGAAUGUGGGAAGGCCUUCAGCCACCUCUUUAAACUGAGGACACAUCAGAAAGCUCACACUGGAAAAAUGCAUCACAAGUGUACCGAGUGUGGGAAAGCCUUCACCCGCAGACAUUCACUCGUUCAGCACCAGAGAGUCCACACUGGAGAAAGGCCUUAUGAGUGUGGCCAGUGUGGGAAAGCCUUCACUCGCAGUUUCCAUGUUGUUCGGCACCAGAAAGUUCACAACACAGAAAGGCCUUAUGAGUGCAGACAGUGUCGGCGAGUCUUUAGUUGUAUCUCCAACUUUGUUGAGCACCAGAAAAUACACACGGGAGAAAGGCCUUAUGAGUGCAGUGAAUGUGGGAAAGCCUUCAUUAACAGCUCCCAUCUUGUUCGGCACCAGAAAGUUCAUAACACAGAAAGGCCUUUUGAGUGCAGUGAAUGCGGGAAAGCCUUCCGGCAAACCUCCAAGCUUGUUCUGCAUCAGAGGAGUCAUACUGGAGAAAGACCUUAUAAGUGCAACCAAUGUGGGAAAGCCUUCAGUUGCCUCUCCAACCUUGUUCCACACCAGCGAAUUCAUACUGGAGAAAAGCCUUAUGAAUGCUCAGAAUGUGGGAAAGCCUUCAGUCAAAGCUCUGCCCUCAUUCAGCACCAGAAGGUUCAUACUAGAGAAAGGCCUUAUGAGUGCAGUGAAUGCGGGAAAGCCUUCAGCUAUAGCUCUAACCUUGUUAAGCACCGGAAAGUUCACACUGGAAAAAGACCUUAUGAGUGCAGCCAGUGUGGGAAAGCAUUCAGUGAAAGCUCCAUCCUCAGUCAGCACCAGAGAGUUCACACUGGAGAAAAGCCUUAUGAGUGUAACAAAUGUGGAAAAGUUUUUCGCUAUAGCUCUAACCUUUCUAAGCACCAGAAAAGUCACACUGGAAAAGAGCCAUCUAAGUGCAGUAGACGUAGGAAUGCCUUUAGCCAGAGCUCUGGUCUCAUUCAGCACCAGAAAGGUCACACUAGAGAAAGGCCUUAGAAGUGUGAUCAGUGUGGGAAAGCACUUAUAGCUGGGGCUUUCUCUUUGCUCACCAUAAAAAGACUCACUCAUGGGGGCCGGUCCGUAGCUCACUCGGGAGAGUGUGGUGCUGAUAACACCAAGGCCAUGGGUUCGGAUCCCAUAUAGGGAUGGCCAGUUAGCUCACUGGGUGAGCAUGGUGCUGACAACCCCAAGUCAAGGGUUAAGAUCCUCUUACCGGUCAUCUUUAAAAAAAAAAAAAAAAAAAAAGACUCACUCAUGAGAACCCUUCUGUGAGUGUAACAUUUAUGAGGAAGCCAUCAGCCAAAAAUUGAAACUUGCACAUCCCAACACCCUCCUGAGGAGAUUGCCUGUGAGUGCGUUUCGUGGGAAGCUUUUGGGAGCUAUGUUACACUCUGUAACCUGUCCAAAGUCUUUGUUAGAUUGCAUCACCAAUACUGCCAAUACCAUCUUGCCUCUACCAGCUGGCAGGUCUCCACAGCCUGUGCCUGUUUUACUCAGGGACGGCAGACCUCUGUGCUCUCUCUCAUUCCCUGGAGGGAACCAUGAAUGAUGGGAGCCCUUUGGGGUCACCUCAUUUCCCACUUCUCCCAUCUCCACUGGUUAAGGCAUUGCCCUGACUAGUUCUCUUCAAGAGGAUCUAAACUGGAGUCUGCUGAGCACUUCCAGAGAAGAUGUCUCUUCUUGGUCCUUUUUGAUUCUACAGAUGACACCAGAACAGAUUUGUCCAGUCUCCAAAUCACCCAACCCUGGAACUGCCUGCCUCCAAAGUGUGUGACAAUAAAGGCCUUAUUUUUGAAACCA